AUGUCUACUCUAUCUAGAGAAUUCCCUAGUUUACAAAUAUCAGCACUCGAUGGCCGCGCACAGUCAUACCACCACAAGCAAGACCAAUUCCGUCGCUUACAUGACCUUCUAACGAGAUCGGCAAAUACCUUGAAGCUAGCGAUUCAAGCCGAUUCUGUACUCUGCUCAGCCGAAGCUGACUUCGAAUUUGCUCGCGCACUUUUGGAACUUCGAGUCCAAUAUGGCUCUCUUGACUUGCAUCAGGAUCUGGCCUUGGCUCGGAAGGUAGAAUUGGGCGUUGAUAAUGUUGAGAGAGUGCGGCCAACUGGAAUCAUUUACAUUAUCCCAUCAAAAGCAAACAUGACAUUCUCGAUUUUAUCCGCCUUGGGAGCUGCUAUAGCAGCGGGUUCAUGUGUUAUUGUUGAGCUUCCCCAGACGCUGACAAAAACAUCAGCGACACUCAGACAAAUUUUGACUGAUGCCCUGGAUAGCGAUACAUUCGCCCUGUCAACUUCGAGGCCUCCAGUGUCCUUCACCAGACAAUGUUUUCUGGUCCAUCAGACAAAUGAAGAUAUCAAUCCGCUGGAUUGGACACAAAUACUGUCCUCUAAGCCGACUGCAGGGGUGGUAGCGAUAGUAGAUCGUACUGCUGAUAUUUCGAAAGCUGCUAGGUCAAUAUUGGUAGCCAGCCUUGCUUUCGGUGGGAAGUCAGCAUAUGCACCACAACUUGUUCUCGUCAAUGAAUUUAUUGCAGAUUCGUUUCUAUCAGAGCUCGCAUUAAUCCUUGAACCCGAUCAAGGUAUAGGACGCGAGAAACGUGGUCGGAGUGGUAGACUGGGAGACACCACUAAAGAUACGUGGAAGUCUGACAAAAUAAAGACUCUUUCGUCUGGUGACAACAUUAGUAUUGUGGAGGUACUCGAUAGAGACGUCCCGUUCUUUCAGCGAAAAUCACUUGAGCCUACAAUCACGAUUGUUCGUGUGAGCAGCCUUGACGAUGCACUUAAUGUCUUGAUAGGUCAAGAAUUGGUCGCCAGUUUCAUUUUCGCCGGGAUACGCGAAGCAAACUAUCUAUCAAGAUUUACAGUCGCUGCGAUGUACACUAUCAAUCAUAUCCCAGUGGAACUGCUCGUGGGUCCAGUUGCCCCGAUGCAUCCCUCUCUACCCGCUGCUGUCUUCCCUCGUUACGUGCCGGCCAUGUUCACUCUACCAUCUCCGCAGUAUCUCCCGGGCAAGCGCUCGACGCAACCUUUGACUAAUUUGAAGGACCAGCUUCGUAUCGACCAAUUGAAAGAAACGGCAAUAAAGCCAUUAUCACCUGUAGUGCGCAGAAGUGGUCACCAACUGAACUUCUUUGGGCAAGCUAUUUUACUUGGCCUUGGUAUGGCUCUCACAAGCAUCAUCAGUAGUCGGCAACUCAAAGCAUCUAUGGGUAUCUUUAUCAGGACCAGUUCUGGUUCAACGGCAGAGAUGGUGUCUUAUUCACCUUUGCCCCCAAUUAGACGUGUUGUCACCAGCCAUAAUGAGCAUUCGAAGGCUUAUGUCGAACGGGACGACUUGAUUAGCGCCGAGCUUCUCGAACACGGAAACGCUGCUCAAUUGUUAUGGUCAAGUGAUUCAAUACCAGCAGAUGUCAAUGUUCCCGAUGACAGAGGAAAGGUCAAGACAGGAAUCGUAAAUGGAGGCUCAGUGCUGCGCAUUGUCGACUUUCCUCCUCGUUCCACCGGCUUGUUCCACCGAACAAUCUCGCAAGACUAUAUAGUGGUUCUCACGGGUACAGUGAUAUUGACGCUGGAUGAUGGGUCGAAGACGCCGAUCUCACAGGGCGGAGUUGUUGUUCAGCGCGCCACGAUGCACGGAUGGGAUAAUGACACGGAUGAAUGGGCGAGAAUACUGUGCGUCCUGGUACCGGCCAAUAACCCAAUUAUCAAUGAGGUCAAACUGGAGCAGGAAAUGACUUUCCAUGUCAAAUGA